AUGGCUUGUCCUAGCAAGGCAGUAAUUGUUCCCGGGAACGGAGGCGGGGACGUGGCCACCCAGGGCUGGUAUGGCUGGGUGAAGAAGAGGCUGGAUCAGGUACCUGGUUUCCAGUGUUUGGCUAAAAACAUGCCUGACCCCUUUACAGCUCGAGAGAGCAUCUGGCUGCCCUUCAUGGAGACAGAGCUGCACUGUGACGAGAAGACCAUCAUCAUAGGCCACAGUUCCGGGGCCAUUGCAGCCAUGAGGUAUGCAGAAACACAUCGAGUCUACAUGAUCAUAUUGGUGUCUGCGUACACGUCAGACUUAGGAGAUGAAAACGAGCGUGCAAGUGGCUACUUCAACCGCCCCUGGCAGUGGGAGAAGAUCAAAGCCAACUGCCCUCACAUUGUGCAGUUUGGCUCCACUGAUGACCCCUUCCUUCCCUGGAAGGAACAACAAGAAGUGGCCGAUAGGUUGGAAGCCAAGUUGUACAGAUUCACUGACCGUGGCCACUUUCAAAACACGGAGUUUCCCGAACUGAUUAAUGUGGUGAAAUCUAUGCUGAAAGAACCAGCACAAAAAGAAUGAUCUCUGCUAUUUUGCAUACCAGUAUAGUAGAGCAAUUAUCAGAUUACAGGUAAAUAAUCAUCAAAAAUGCCUAAAAAACAAACACAAGUUUUAGUGUUCGAACUAAAUUACAAAUAGCAUUUCCACUUUCCAUAGAAUCUACAUCUCUCCAGAUUGCUCUGAAUUAAAACAGUAUUUUCUAUGAUAAGGGACAUAAGGACUUCUUAACCACCCAAAGUGAGUAAGACCGAAAUGGAACCCGGGUUUCCUGAUUUCCAGCCCAGAUUAAAACUAAGUAAAUUUCAUGCAUGUUACAGGAAUUGUACUCUUUGAAGUAAAACUUUUGUAUUUUGUUAGAGAAAGAAAACAUGACUGAAGGUCCAGAGUGUUGGCUUAGAGCUCAAAACACUAGCUGCUAUUUUGAGCUGGCCCAGGACAUUAACCCAGGCUGGGGCCUUCACCUUUGACAGCCUGCCCUCCCUUCCCGUCCUUCAAACAAGUUGCGAAUGAAACAUAAGGAUGCUGUGAGGCAGGAGUCUGCAAGGGUUGGGCAGGGAACACGAGCAGUCAGCUUUGUUUAAGACCACAGUGGUACUCGAGGACAAGGGCAACGUGGAGAACUCAUGUAAUGUGGGAAUGUGGCAAGGUAUUGCCAAUUUUCUGAUUUUUUGAGGAAAAACUUUAUACAGUGGUUUUUAUAUUCAGGGAAUAUAUAUAUAUGUAUAUUCCAUAUGUACGUGAAUUAUGUCCAGUCCAUAUACAUACGGUUUAGUUGGCAACUACAGUAUAAAUAAAAAAUUUAUAAACACUGCAACACACACAAAAUCCAAGCCACCCAUUUGGGGCCUGUGCCAUAAUUAACUUAGGCAGGUGCCUUAAAAGGCUCUACAAAGCCUGAGAAAUGAACAUAAUGUCAAAGGAUAAAAUCAUGGAAACAAUUUGGAUUUUGUUACAAAGUCUUAAUUUUUAAAAUAAUCUUUUCAUUCCUCAAAUUUUUGUUCUGUAGAGUUCUACCUUUUAACUUCAAGCAUCACUCCAUGGUUUUUCUUCUGAUCAUGUCAAAAGAACCCUUUUUCAUUUCUCAACAGUUUUUGCCUAUUUCGAUCCCUAAGUAUUGCCUCCAUUUCCAGUCUGCUACUAUAGAAAGUUCUAUUGGACAGCACUGGAGUCUAGGGCAUGUAUUUUAUAUUCUCCCCUCAUCAUCCAUCUAGUAAUAGUACGAAGUAAAACUGACUCUGCUUGAAAUUACUUGACUAGUUUGCUUAGUCGAUCACCAUAAAAAUCAUGGCUCCAUAAAACUUAUCACCAAACUAAGAUCCGAGCAGUUUCACAGAAGAAUCCUUAACUGUUCGUUUACACCAUCCAUCAAAUCAUAGAUUCUCAUGAUUCUGUGUCUGACUAUAUAUGGCUCGUUAUUAACCACAGUGAGGCCUUGACAGACUCCAGUGAAUAACUGUUCUCAGGUGAGCAAAAUACCUUAUACUAAAUGAAAAUCAAAUGUAAGGAUUAGGACUUCACUCACAAUUUGAUUUUUUGGUGUCAUGGGUCUAGAGCCCCAGUAUUUGUUUUGGUCAGAGUUUACUCCUGUACAUAAAUAUACAUUUAUUACCAGUGGUGUUGUAUUUUUAAAUUAUUGUGUCUUUCCUCCUUAAGUUAAUAUUCAGAAUUUAAAAUGCACUCUGAGAAAAAUGUUUAAAGAGAUUCUUUAUUCUAGUGAGGCAAGGGAUAUUUUUAUAUUUUAGCCAUUGAUUGUAAGCUUUAAAAAUCAAUCUCUGAAUAAAAAAUCAAUCUCUGGUUA